CUCGAGCUGCUGAUCAUCACCAUCAUCCACACCCUCAAAGACUGACGUUUUCAACAUGGCGCGCUCCGCCAGGUCGGACAGUACGGCCUCCGAUGCCUCGUUAGAGGACGACCUGUACGAGAAGAAGGCAGCAGGAGAGGGAGGAUAUCACGACGAAGCAGAAGGAGGCGAUGACGACUCUCUCGACGAGGAGGAGAGGGUCGGAUUGAUGAAACAGCAUCAUCCGAAUACCACAAGAAGAGCAACUUCGCCUUCGCCAGCUCCCUUUCAGCCCCGCCAUUCGAGGAAAAGGCUCCUUCUCUACCUCGUCGCUCUCGUCCUCUGCUUGAUUCUGGUGGUGCCCCUCCUAGCCUGGUUGAGCUCCUCCCACCCAACGCACAAUCCAUGGGCGCAUGUCGACGUCCUCAUUCCUGGCUUCUCUGCCCCACCGAGUCCCUCCAUCUCUGCGGCAAAGAAGCUGCCACCCUCGAGCAACGACGCCAAGGGCCAGUACGGCCUCGCGAAUGCUCCCUCCUUUUCCGUCUCCGAGUACAUCCCGGGCUGGGCUACACCGGAGGAGGCAGACGAGCAAUUGUCCUUGUCCAAGGGCACUACGAGGCAGACGUUGGCUAGGCAGGGUUGGCGCAGCCUCAAGCCCGUGGGACUGGAUACCAUCUUCAAUGGCACGUUGGACUAUGCGGAUCGCCGCCUGGACUGGAGCUACGAGGACCCAGACGAGGGCGUCUUCAUGACUGUUGACCCGGUGGAGGGGGACAUCGUCUUCGAAGAUGUUACUCAUGCGCGUCAGAAUCAGACCGGCGAGGGGAAAGUAGCCAAGGGAGGAGGCAAGGUCACCUAUGUCAAGGCGAGGGAUGUGGUGGAUGAGCACGGCGAGCCAGUCAUGUGGGAGGAGUUCCACCCAUCGCCUGAUUUGGCAAUGGUUUUUUUCACCACUGAGCAGAGAGACGUAUGGCGCUACAGCAAGCGCUUCAGGCUUUGGGUGCAUGAUGUUCGCAAGAAGAAGACCAUCCCCCUCGGUGAGGCGACACAGCUGCCCACGAUCUCUAAUGCCCAAUGGGUAGGCAAUACCAGUCUGGCCUUCGUCCAGAACAAUGACCUCUACAUCGCCCUGGACAUCAAUGUUGCCUCCUCCCCUCCUGCCGCACCUAUUCGCAUCACCAAGGACGGGACAAUCACCACCUUCAAUGGCGGAGCUGACUGGGUCUACGAAGAGGAGAUCCUCGAGACGGAUCACGCCCUCUGGGUUUCUCCUGGCGGUACCAAGCUCGCCUACCUCCGUUUCGAUGAGUCCGACGUGCCCAUCUACGAAUUCCCCAUCUAUGCGGGAGGAAACGAUACAGUUCACCCGGGGCAGGUGACCCCGUAUCCGAAGAAGACGCAAAUGAAGUAUCCUAAGCCUGGUUACCCGAACCCGCGGGUAAGCGCGCAUCUUGUCGAUUUGGAGCGAUUAAGGAAGGACCCAAGAGAUGUAGAGGGGGCCAAGCUGGAUCUUGUUUCCCCCACGAGCGUCACUGACGUGGGUGUGGCAGGUGGCGAACCCAAUCGCGUCGACCUAGCUCUCGGGUCUAUCGACGGGCAGAAGGAGAGUCUGGUGAUAGACGUGGCGUGGCUAAGCGACGGGUCGCUCAGUCUAGUGGAGACGAACAGGUAUAGCGACAAGAGCAGGCGACUGGUGUUCGACUUGACGAGGAGCGGCACCAAGAGCAAGCAGAAGGUCAAGGACAUCGUCGUCGGCAAAGCUGUGCGCCAUACAGACGUGGGGUCACGCAGCUGGAUCACGCCCCGACACGACCUCAUUGCCCUGGGCGUAGCAAGCUGGCGCGUCUACGCCCCAUCUUCAACGGGUACCACGGCCUACCUCGAAGUCCUGCACAACGAAGCCGGAUACGCGCACAUAGCCUUCUUUCCCUCUUCUACCGCGGUCAAGCCAUCACGUUGGCUUACGACUGGCGAGUGGGAAGUGGACCAGCUCCUCUUCGCCGAUGUGAAACGCAGCAAGGUCUACUACUCAGCACCCCUACCCGGGCAGAUCUGGAAGAGGCACAUCUUCUCCGUCGAUCUUGACAGCCAUGGUGACAAGGCGCCAGUGGACAUCACGGCCUCCUGGCCCACUAGCUCAUUCGAAGCCUCUUUUGACCCCAAGGGGGCCUACGUCUCGUUGCGCUGUACAGGUCCGUCCAUCCCCUUCACCCGCGUCGUAGGGCUAGACGACCCUUCCUUCACCUGGCAUGUCCAGGACAACGAGAAAGCACGCAACGCCUCCGCCCAGCAUGUCAAGGCGCACACCCUCUUCUACAAUGUGACCCUCACCACCAGCAACCACGUCACGGCUACGGCACAAGAGCUUCGACCGCACGACUUUGAUGCCUCGGGGUCUGUGAGGUACCCAUUGCUCAUUCACGUGUACGGCGGGCCGGAUAGUCAGAUCGUGGCGGGGAAGACUUUGCGCACCCAUUGGCACGAGGUGCUUGCAACGCAGAUGGGAUACGUAGUCGUCCGAGUGGACGGUCGUGGCACUGGAUUCCGCGGUCAGGCGUACAGAGAGGGGAUCGCUCGCAACCUCGGUAGCGUGGAAGUAGAGGACGUCCUAGCCACAGUGAGGGAGCUACGUCGACUCCCCUACGUAGACGAGAAACGCAUUGGCCUCUGGGGCUGGUCGUACGGCGGCUACCUGACAGCCAAAACCAUCGAGGCCAACUCGGGAAAGGAUCAGCUGCUCAGCCUCGGCAUGUCCGUCGCCCCGCCAGCCAAAUGGGAGCUCUACGAUUCAGUCUACACGGAACGAUUCAUGAAGUCUCCAUUGGGUCAGGAUGAUCGUGCUUCCGUCCCACCCGAGGCGAGCAAUACGGACGGCUAUGCCAAAUCAGCAGUGCAUGUCCCCCCCACCUCUGGCUUCUUUCGCACCCCAUACCUCCUAGCCCAUGGGACGGGAGACGAUAAUGUCCACUUUGGCAACUCAGCCCAGCUUCUCGACCUUUUAGAGUCUGCGCACAUCAAGCCCGCCACGCUGUGGACCUUCAGGGCCUUUGUGGACUCACCGCACGGUAUGUCCGUCCGGGGACAGUAUCGUGCUUUGCAUGAGUGGAUGACGGGGUGGCUCGCGGAGAGAUGGGGUGCGGGAGGGAAGAGGCGUUUCAGUGAGGGUGGGGAGGUGGUAGGGAAGGGAGAAGUGGUGGGAAAGGUUGGGAAGAAGAAGGGGACGAAAUUGUUGGAGGAACAUGGUAAGCGCGACGGUGCGGAGGAGGAGGAGGAAGAAGGGCAGUGGUGGCUGGACCGCAGACAGCAUGAGCGUCAUCGUAGCCGUGCGAGACGGAAUAGGGCAGAGGGGCUGACGUGGUAGUGUACUGUAGAUAGAUUAAGACUCAUAAUGGGACUAUCGACAAUGAACUCUCUAGGAGUUGGUGUAGGUGUAGCGGCUGAGAAAGGGAGAGGUAUGACGAGAAGACAACAUGUGGAGAGGUGAAGACACGAAAGUCAAAGGGUGAGGUAUAGGUAGAGGAGAGGAGGAAGAAGAGGAACGGUCGCGAUAGUGUAGUGGUG